CCUCUUCCUCCAUCUCCUUUCAUCUUCUCUACUGCCUCAAUGGUAGCAGUGAGCAGUGCUGGUAAUGGUUCCAUCCUGUUUCCUGGAGUCCACCUUCUUUAGGCUACCUGCAAGACCAGUUCCAACUACAGUAGGGGUAGGCAACACACAGUGUGCACUGGUAGGCUUUACGCCUGCAUGUAGAGAGGACAGCAAACCCUCACCGUUUUAUAUUAUGCGUGCCUUGAAUGCCAUGACAAACAGGCAAGGAGCAGCUGCUGAAGACCAGUUAUGAGGCCUUACUGACCUCUCCUCUGGGUGUCCUGUGGCCCUCAGAAAACACUGCACAUGAUGCCAGCCAGUCAUCCCUGGGCCCUGAGGCUCCUCACGUCUCUGAAGACUGUGAACAGUUCUGACUGUAAGGGAGGAGGAUUACCUGAUCCUGUUAUUUUGUUUUGAUGUGCAUUUUCCCCUGUCUUUUACACAGGGAUAACUAAUUAUUGCAGACAUGCAAUACCAUGAGCCCGUUGUAUGAUGAAUUGUUUUUGGUUGGAGCUCUGAUGUAAUCUACCCCAGCUUGCUCCAUUUAGAAUCCCAAAUCAGAAGGCUGGAAAACCAUUACCUGGUUUCAUGCUGACACAGUGAUUUUAUACAGAGACUUUAGGAUCCAAACAUCUAUUUUUGGAAGAAGUUCAGAAAGGCUUCCUUUAGUUUUGUAUUUGCUUUAGAGUAGUAAUCUUAAAAGGUGUUCCCAUCAUGGAAUAGAGGCUGUAAACACACAAACUGAGAGGUAAUUCUUGCUCUCCAUAGAAAUCCAGCAUUAUGAUCCCAGCGUAACAACUGGCCAAAAGAAUUUGCACUUUAUUGAGUGGUUAAAUUAUGCCAUUACAAAGUUAUGCCUACAGUCCUUGAUGGGAGCUCUGUGCCUUGCAGUUGAAGUCUAAGGAAACAUUCUUCAUUCCAUGCCAUUAGAGGAGACACCUGAAUCUUACGGGGUGCAUUACCUACAGAUUCCCAGAUCUUGUUGGGCAGUCUGAAAGACCUUUAAUGUCAGUCCCAGACUAUUUGAGGUCCAGUAAAUUAUGAAAAGCUAAAUUAAUGCCAUUCAUUGACAAUAGCAAUUGGCUCCCAGUCUGUUGUUAUUGUACAUGUGUAAAGAUAAACAUUAACAAAAUGCAAACCAUCUCUCUUUGAGAGUAGACACAAGUCAGAAGCCGGGUAAAAAACCAUUUCGGUACUGCUCACAAAAGCAUUGUUUAAGAUUCCAGAAAUCUUAAACAAUUCAGUAAUAUUUUCUUCCAAAAUAUCAGAAAUACAGUAUUUGUUUACUUGUUUUUUAUUUUUUUCAGCAGUUAUUGCCAUACCAUUAUUUAAACUAUCUUCUGGCACCAUGCAUCAGUCUGUGUAAGGCUAAAUAGUACAUCUACUGUCGUACUGAAACCCUGAAACUAAUACAUUUGCAACUGUAGGUCUUACUGUUAAUUAACCUUAUACUUUUUUCAAAAGAAGGGGAAAAGAUCAAACAAAACAAAACAUUUCAGGUCAAACUUGUCAGAACCUGAACAUUCAAAAUGCAAUUCACUUUAGUUCUUUUUACUCUGCCCCUUACCAAAGUGCCCAGGUUUAGAGUGAGUUUCAGUAGAACCAGAAGUCUGUUGCCUUCGGACAUCAGUGCUUCACUGCAGCCAAUGCAGCUCUCUGACAAGGCGGGACAUACUGGCUGUAGCUGAAGGAAGAUGCCACCACCAUCACCUCUUCUAUGACCAUUGGAGGCCUCCGCAGUGCUUGUCCCACCUUUUCCGCCUCCACCAUGCAUUCCACUACCUCAGCCACUGACCAGACCUCUGCUCACACCGCCGGUGGCGCACCAGGUGAAGCUGUAAGUAGCAGAGCAGUUGUGGAGAUGCGCAGCGUGGAGGGUGGGACUGGCAACAGUGGGAGUGCUGGUGGCGGCAGGGCUGGCGGCGGUGAAGGAGUAGGGGCCGGAUCCCUAGGUGAAGAAGGAUCAGGAAGGGGUCCAGCAUCUCAGGAGGUCCAGCAGCAUCACCAGAUGACCCCCUCCAAGCGGCGGACGGUGCUGAACAUCUCGCCCCCACCCGAGGACCUUUUUGACGACAGCCGCAUGUCCUGCCAGGAGGAGCAGUUCCAGGACUCAGAGCAGAGCAGUAGCAUCUGGAUGGAUGAAUCUGCCUCCAACUUCAGCAUUGUCAGCUCCAGUUCGUACAACGACAACACAGAGGUGCCCCGGAAGUCCCGUAAGCGCACCCCCCGCCAGCGACCGGGCCCCAAGCAUGCUGCAGCCGAGGAGGCCAGCAUGGAUGUGUUUGAUGCUGACAGUGCCAAAGCACCACACUUUGUGCUUUCUCAGCUGUGUUCAGAAAACAAGACCUGCCCUAAAGGAAGUUCGGCGGAUGGCCCACAAACCACCCAUCAAAAAGGGGGGACCCUAGCAUGCCAGUUCCCUCAGAAGAGUGAGGGCAAAGAGCUCAAGAUGCUGGUCCAGCCUGAGACCCAGCACCGGGCCCGUUACCUGACUGAGGGCAGCAGGGGGUCAGUAAAAGACCGCACUCAGCAGGGCUUCCCCACCAUAAAGCUGGAGGGCGUAAAUGAGGCGGCGGUGCUGCAGGUGUUUGUGGGUAAUGACGCUGGGCGUGUUAAGCCACAUGGGUUCUACCAGGCCUGCAGAGUGACAGGGCGCAACACCACCGCCUGUAAGGAGGUGGACAUCGAGGGCACCACUGUCAUUGAGGUGUCCCUGGACCCCAGCAACCACAUGACCCUGGCGGUGGACUGCGUGGGAAUCCUGAAGCUACGCAAUGCUGAUGUAGAGGCUCGUAUUGGUGUGGCCGGCUCUAAAAAGAAGAGCACGCGUGCCAGGCUAGUGUUUAGGGUCAACAUUCCCCGGCCGGAUGGCUCGGUGCUCACAUUACAGACGUCUUCUUCCCCAAUACUGUGCACACAGCCUGCAGGUGUGCCUGAAAUUCUUAAGAAGUCCCUACACAGUUACUCAGUAAGGGGGGGUGGUGAAGUGUUCAUCAUUGGCAAGAACUUCCUCAAGGACACCAAAGUCAUAUUUCAGGAAAAUGUGUCAGAUGAGACGUCUUGGAAGGCAGAGGCAGAAAUUGACAUGGAACUGUUUCACCAGAAUCACUUGAUUGUGAAGGUUCCUCCAUACCAGAACCUAGCCAUUGCAUCGGCAGUGUGUGUGGGGAUCUAUGUAGUGACCAAUGCUGGCCGAUCUCACGACAUGCAGCCUUUUACAUACACUCCAGAACCAGCAAAAGCAGUGGACAUAUCUGUAAAGAAAGAAUCUCUAGGCAAGUCCUGUUCUUUUGACGAACGGAUUAAAGUUGUUGACAGUGGCUUGCCAAUGUUGCCUCUUGUGAAGAGAGAAGAGGUCACUCCAAUGGAGGUUUCGAGCAACCUCCCUUCUGCUGGCCUGUUCAAGCAGACCCCUGAUGUCAUGUCCCAGCUGGACUUGGGUUCCAACAAUAGCCCAUUCUCCAACACCUUGCCGCGGCCUACAAAUGACCCUGACAAAUCCCAAACUGCUGUCUUUAACAGUGCAGAGGCUCUGAGCACCAUGCAGAAGCAGGACAUUGGUCCCACUAGCUCCUUCCCUGUGCCUGCAGACUCACUGCUUCCGUCAGGGCCUCAACCCUUCCUCCUGGAGGCCAGAGAGGGUCUGGGGCAGGACAGGGCCGGUAACAACAAAGGGGCAGUGGGGAGGCUCAGUCAACUAGCAGAGCCCCAACAGCCGGCCCCACAGCAGCACCAGCUUCCUUUAUUCCCCGUGGACGAUGUGGCCCAACUUGAACAGGCAGUGAGACAACUGCACGCCAAGGGGUAUUGCAGCCAGCAGCAGCAACAGAUUCAACAGCAACAGCAAAUUCAGCAACAACAGCAACAGCAAAUUCAACAGCAACAGCAACAACAAAUUCAACAGCAACAGCAACUUCAGCAGCAACAGCUCCAGCAACAACAGAUUCAGCAACAUCAAAUUCAGCAACAGCAGCAACAAAUUCAACAGCAACAAAUUCGACAGAAACAACAGCAACUUCAGCAACAACAGCAGCAGCAGCAAGUUUUGGAGAGCCUUCAGCAGCAGCUGUUUCAGUCCCAGAUGCCCAUGCAGUGUAGCAUCUUUCAGGGGGGCUCUCAUGGGGAUAACGUUGAACAGCGGGGUUCCCAGCAGGGCAUGGUGCAGAACCAUGGUUCCCUCUUUCAGCAGGCCCAGCAGCAACACCAACAGCAGCAGAAACAGCAGCAGCAAGCAUCGCUCUUUCAGCAAGCCAAUGAGCUCCUCUCCAUUCAGACUAACUUUCUCCAGCAGGCCCCUGCUCACCCCUCUCCACCCCUGUUCCAUAACCCCAGCCCACUGGCCGAAGUGCAGGACUCACAAGGGCAGCUGUUUCACACUCAGGAGCCCUCCCCCACCCAGGAGCAGGUCCAGGCUGCCCUGUUCCAGAACAGCCUGACAGUGUUGAGUGGUACCAGCCUCUCCCCAGAGCAACCUCCCUCUGCCGCCACCCUGUUCCUCCCACAGAAUGCUCUGCCUGGGCAGCCCUCGGCUAACGGCAGCCAGCAGCUGGCUUUCCUUAGUGCCCUGCAGACAUCGGUCCCCGAGUCCCAGACAGUCUUCCAGGCUCAGACCCACCUCUCCCCCAUUCAGCAGGGGACCCCCAUGGAGCAGCAGCAGCCCUCCCAAGCCCAGUCUCACCUGCCUCAACAGAGCUCCAUGUUUCAGAACGUCUCCCCUCAUCCACCUGCAAACACUCAGAGCCACCAGCAGCAGGCUGGCCUACUGUUCUGCAGCAACCCCCUGUCCAGCCCAGAGCAGCCCCCCAGCCUGCUUUUCAGUGGCCAGGGUCAGAUGCCCCCAAUGAGCAGCAGCAACCUGAACUCCCAGGAGCCACAGAGCCCCUCCAUGCUGUUCUCUCAGGCCAGCGUGGUAACAGUAAGUCAGCAGGAGCCCUCCGAGCCAAUGGCUUUCCAGGACCAGAGCCAGGUUGUGGGGAACCCCUCUGAGCCUCGCCAGCAAACCCUGUUCCAGGAGCAGCAGCCCAUGCAGCUGGUCUCCAGCUCCAACAAUGGCCCGGAGCAGCCUGUCUCCCUCUUCAUGCCCCAAUCCGGUAUAGCCUCCCUGCAAGGUGGCAUGGCUGCCCAGGAGCUUCCGCAAACGGGCAUGUUCAGCACCCAAAAGGGCGUGGUAGGCCUACAGACCUCCACCUCCUCCCCAGUGCAGCAGCCAGGCUCUCUAUUCCAGACACCCGUCAGUGGGAGCCUUAACCAGACCAGCCAGGCCCACCAGCCAGGCCUCUUCCUCUUUGGGAUUCAGAAUGAAUGUGGUCAGCUGAUAAAUUCCCCCGGAACAACUCUGUCUGAUCAAAUCAUUGCCAUCAGUCAGUCUGGUCAGAACCAGAGAGAGAGUGAGGCCCAAAUUCAGUCGCUGCUCAACCAGUCCAUGUCUGAGUCAGUGAACAUGCAGAACAGCAUGACCACUUCCCAGAACAUGGAGAAGAUUGAUGACCUGCUCGUGAGCCUGCAGGAACAGGGCAACAACCUCACUCGCUCCUACUAGGUCUGCAGUGGGUCUCAGAUGCCCAGAAGACAUCCAGCUGGGAUCUACUUUACAGACGGCAGAUGUAUGGAAAUAAACUCAACAGUGUGCUCCAAGUUACACGUAUGCCUCAGCAGCUACCUUCUCUAAGGACAGUCUUCAUGUGUCAUGCACCAAAGUAUCACUGACGCUGAGGAGUUGCUAUAUACCCACAAAAUAGGACAUAGGUUGUUGUCACCCCACGUGUCAGAGUGGUGAGUGUAUCUCGCAGCUAGUCACUGUGAAUGAAACAUAUCACACUUCAGAAUGUUUUAAUAACUCAUCCAUUCUUAGUACGUAAAUGUGCAGUGCGGUUUUGUAAAGAUGUUGGUACAGGGUAGCACGGCAUUCUGCAUUUUCCAGACAUGUUUGGACUCUGUAUUGGAUCUGUUUAUUGUUGUCCUUUUUAUACCUUAUAAAAAGUAUUUUAGGAAAACAAAAUAGGAUUUUUUUUAUUUAGAGUUCAUGAAAAAGGAACCGUUUAAAGACAUUUUUGGCAAAGGUUUUUCAGCACUUACAAUGCUUUCCUCUGUGACAAGUUGGCCCAUGUCUUUCUCCAUGCACUCACGAGUCAACUAUUUAAUGUAUCUCUUCCCAUGUUUACUGGAUCUCAACAACUUUAUUACUCAAGUGUGUGAAAUUGUUUCAUGAGUUUUAUAUUAUUCAUUUCAUGGAAUACUUUAUCUAAUUUGGUUAUCUCAUUUGCCAUUACCUAUCCAUCAUAGUAACUUUUGAUGAUUGAGUGUUACACUAUGGAUUUCUCUCCCACAUUAAACUCAUCUGUUUACUUUAGAGAUGUUCCAGCCUAGAUCAGGAUGAAUGUGGGCUAAGACAAAACAUCAUCCUGCCAUUAUUGGUAUUUGUACUGUUCUUAAAUGUAUGUGUAUACACACAUUCAUACCUAGAUCCUAAAAAUAUGUGUACAAAUGUGCACAGUUGUUCAUACUACAGGAAUAUAUUAUUUGUAUCAUUAUAUGAUGUAGAGCAUGUAUUAGCUUGCCUUCGUUAGACUGAAACUGGCCUUUUCUUCAUAGUCCAGAGUGUCACAUUGUGCCAACCUAAUAAUAAUGCCAUAUUACAGAAAGGCUUCAUCCAUUCAUUAUUUCAUAAAUGGGUUCAUGUAUUUACGUUGCUAAAUGCAGCAGUAGAGCCCAUCAUUCAGAAAUAUACAAUCCUGUUUCCAAAAAAGUUGGGAUGCUGUGUAAAA